GUGGUAUUGAGAUGGCUACAAACACGAAGAAGAGGAAGCGCAAUGUCGUCCUUCAUCAAGGCGAUGCAACCAGUGGAGUUGACACGUCGAAGCCCACGGCUGUUUUUCAGCCGAAGAAGGGGAGAGAGCAUACGUUGAGUAUUGCAUUGCCGGGAAGUGUAAUUAGCAACGCCCAAACCUACGAGCUGAAAAUCUCCCUUGCUGGCACCAUUGCCCGCGCCUGUGCUGUCUUCAGCGUCGACGAAGUCAUCAUUUUCGACGACGGCCAAUCUAUAAUUAAAACGCCUCGCAAUCCCGGCCAUCCCAUCCGACCUGACGACGAGCCUUGGCAAGACCCAAACCAGUUCCUCUACCACAUCCUUUCUUAUCUCGAGACCCCACCGCACCUCCGCAAGUACCUAUUCCCCAUACACCCGAACCUCCGCGGCGCGGGCGCGCUACCCAGCCUCGACAUGCCGCACCAUUUCAAAGCGGACGAAUGGUGUCGCUAUCGCGAAGGUGUCGUCGUGCCCCCAAACACUUCCUCCUCCCUCCACCCAAACGCCAAAAAGGCAAAAGUGGAUUCCAGUAAGAAGUCUUCAGCCAGCAGUACCGGCUCGCUGAUCGACUGUGGCUUCCCCUCCCCCGUCAGUAUCGCCGACCACAUCCCCGCAAACACCCGCGUAACGCUCAAAUUCGCUUCCGCGACCUCGCCCGCCUCUUUUCCCACCCUCCCUGAGCUCUACACCAACCCCUCCGCACUAGGCACAGAGGCCACCUCGCCCGCCGCGCCCCGCGAAGAGGCCGGGUACUUCUGGGGCUACACGACACGGCGGUGCGCCUCCCUCUCCGCCGUCUUCACCGAGUGUCCGUUUGAGGGCGGGUACGAUAUCAGUAUCGGGACGUCGGAGCGGGGCGUGGCGCUCUCGGAGCUGCUGGCACCACCACGCAACGGCAAGGCCGCCGCGCUGCCGGGGGAUUAUCAACACUUGUUACUGGUCUUUGGCGGUGUUGCAGGGAUCGAGGCGGCGAUUGCGAAUGAUAAAGAGUUUGCGGAGAGAGGGGUGACAAAGGAGAGGGCUGGGGAGGUGUUUGAUCAGUGGGUCAAUCUAGUGCCGGGGCAGGGCAGUCGGACUAUUAGAACGGAAGAGGCAGUUUGGCUGGGCUUGAUGGGGGUGAGGGGGUUUGUGGAGAGGCGGGAGGAGUAGGUAGGAGGUGUAGGUGGUGAGAUAUGGUGGUAGGCUUUUCUACUACUGUGGAUAGUUUCUGCUUUCUAGUAUAUAAUUAACAUCACGAGGUGCUUGAAAAUCGUGGUUUCUAUCUUCUGUUUAUUCUAGGGUUUUUGUUACUGUUGUUUCUCUUAGGAUCAUAGCUUCUUUUUGCCUGUGUCGCCCUUCUGCACUCCUCAUCCUAGUACUUCUUCCGUACGAUGAUGGUCUACAGCGGUCGCAGCACCACAUCCCCUCAUGAACUGUCAACACCAAGGCCAACAUCCCGCCUUGUCGCAUAACUUUUCCUUCAACUUACGUAGAAUCCUGGGC